AUGCCGUACGUAAAAUUUAAGAACGAAGAUGAUCCUUUCUACUUAGUGGAUAUCAGCGAUCUUAUAUGCAAGUACAAAACGUGGAUGUCUUUGCUACCUCGUAUCAGGCCAUUUUACGCGAUGAAAUGCAAUCCGAAUUUCCAAAUGGUGGCAACUCUUUGCCGUUUAGGUGCUGGUUUGGACGUAGCAAGUGCAGGAGAAAUAGAGACUGCGGUAGCCUUGGGUCUCAAAGGCGAGGACGUCAUCUAUUCUAAUACUUGCAAGGGGAUUUCUCAUUUGAAGGUAGCUGCGAAUGAAGGUAUAACGCAGAUGACAUUUGACAGUGAAGAAGAACUGCAUAGAAUUAAGCGUAUACUUCCCAAUGCCCGACUGUUAUUGCGGCUACUUGUGGAUGACUCUGGCGCCCAGUGGAAGCACGGAAUAAAAGCUGGAGCUCCUUUUAGCAGAGUAUCUCACUUAUUUAAAGUGGCCAAAAAGUUAGGCUUAAAUUUAGUGGGAACAAGUUUUCAUGUUGGUUCCGAUUGCGGUGAUCCUAGUGCAUAUUCUAAGGCAAUAGAAAGGUGUAGAAAGGCUUUUGAUAUUGCGGUUAGCUUAGGCAUGGAACUCAGUAUGUUAGAUAUCGGCGGUGGAUAUCCAGGACAUGCAGAUACAUUAUUUAAAAAUGUAGGUGCUACUUCUAUAAAUGAAGCAAUAGAUAUCCAUUUUCCAUCAGGCUGUGGAGUCAAAAUAAUUUCUGAGCCAGGCAAGUACUUUGCGAUGUCUUCUUCGAUUCUAUGUGCCAAUAUUAUUGGUAAACGUCUAAGAUACGAAGAUGGCGAUGUUCAAAUCGAAGGUGUUAAAGCUUUAGAAGUUAUGUAUCACAUUAGUGAAGGUAUGGGAGGCUCUUUUCUUAGCGUAAUUGCUACACAUCAGCAGUAUAUCCCGAAAAAAUUGUCGAAUAACAACGAAAAAUGCUACCGUAGCAGCCUUUGGGGGCCUUCAUGUACUGCAACAGAUUGCCUUUUAAGUGAUUUUAAUCUUCCAGAGAUGGAAACUGGUGAAUGGGUCUACUAUGACGAUUUAGGAGCAUACACAUCGAGUACCGCUACUAAUUUUAAUGGGUUCAAGAAGGCUAAGAGUAGCUAUUUCAUAAGUGAAGAUUACUGGUACGACAUAUUUUUGCAAAAGCUGUAG